AUGUCUCAAUCCGAGGGUCGUCUACUUGACAGCUUUACGGCGCCGAAGGAGGUGCUGGAGGAGAUGGAGGCCUUGGUCGAGGAGGAAGGGUACGAUCCUUUCGCUGAGACAGCCUCCAAGCGCCAAAUAGCCUCUCGCCAGUCUGAUUACCAUAACCGGCGUUUCGAGCGCGUUGCGCACGAGAGCGCGGACGUUUUCAAGACGGGCGAGGACGGCCAGGAUGUGGAGGGCGGAUACAAGGAUGCGAUGAGGUUGCAGAUGCUGGAGAAGGAGGAGCAACGGGUGAAGCGCGCGAUUGAAGAAAAGGAGAAGCGGGAGCGGGAAGAGGGGAAGAUGAAGAUGGACCUGGACAAGACCCCCCCACGCGAAGAGCUGGAGGCCGUUGCGGCGGAGUUGGAGGCCGCGAAAGAACUCGCCACCGGUGGCAGGCGCAAGCGACGAUGGGACCAGGAGUCCGAUGACAAGGAGAACGAGGACGUCAAGAUGGGCGAACCGGAAUCCAAGGAGAGCACCGAUGCACCGAAAAAGCGUCGGUCUCGCUGGGAUGCCACGCCUGCAGACGCACCCGGCGAGACGCCCAAGCGCUCGCGCUGGGACCAAACACCCGCCCCAGCCCCCGAAACUCCUCUGAUUCCUAUUAUUAUGAAUGCCCCCGGUCUAUCUCAGGACGACAAGCAUAACCGAUACCUUACGGACGAGGAGCUCGAUGCUCUCCUUCCGUCCUCAGGAUAUGCGAUCGUCACACCACCUCCAGGCUAUGCCCCGUUGGUAGCUCCCAGGAAGCUGAUGGCUACUCCUGUCAACGACCUCGGCGGUUUCCAGAUCAAGGAGGGCUCCGAUGCAGCAGCAGCAGCAGCAGCAGCCGGACUUGCCCCCGAACUUCCCACGGAGAUCCCAGGCGUUGGAAACCUCGCUUUCUUCAAGGCGGAGGAUGCGCAGUACUUUGCCAAAAUUCUCAAGGAGGAGGACGAGACAGAGCUUUCCGUGGAAGAGAUGAAGGAGCGCAAGAUCAUGCGCCUGUUGUUGAAGAUAAAAAACGGGACGCCUCCUGUGCGUAAGACGGCGCUACGCCAAAUCACGGACAAGGCACGAGAAUUUGGUGCUGGUCCUCUCUUCGACAAGAUCUUGCCUCUUCUCAUGGAGCGCACGCUUGAGGACCAGGAGCGCCACUUGCUUGUUAAGGUCAUUGACCGUGUCCUAUACAAGCUAGAUGACCUGGUUCGCCCAUACGUGCACAAGAUCCUCGUCGUCAUCGAACCGUUGCUCAUUGACGAGGAUUACUACGCCCGCGUUGAAGGCCGCGAAAUCAUCUCGAACUUGUCGAAGGCUGCUGGCCUCGCUCAUAUGAUCUCCACGAUGCGACCUGAUAUUGACCAUGCCGAUGAAUACGUGCGCAACACAACCGCUCGUGCCUUCUCCGUCGUCGCCUCUGCGCUCGGUAUACCUUCCCUCCUCCCGUUCCUCAAGGCCGUUUGUCGCAGCAAGAAGUCGUGGCAGGCCCGGCACACCGGUAUCCGUAUCGUCCAGCAAAUCGCCAUCAUGAUGGGUUGCGCUAUUCUCCCUCAUCUUCGCAGUUUAGUCGACUGUAUCGGUCACGGUCUUUCCGACGAACAACAGAAGGUCCGCACCAUGACCGCACUCGGUCUCGCAGCGCUUGCCGAGGCUGCCCACCCCUAUGGUAUCGAAUCUUUCGAUACUGUGCUGAAGCCACUGUGGCUUGGUAUUCGUGUUCACCGGGGAAAGGGUCUUGCAGCGUUCCUCAAGGCCAUCGGAUUCAUCAUCCCGCUCAUGGAUCCCGAGUACGCGUCCUCGUACACCAAGGAAGUCACCGUGAUUCUCAUUCGUGAGUUCCAAACGUCGGACGAAGAAAUGAAGAAGAUCGUGUUGAAGGUCGUCAAGCAAUGUGCUGCCACGGAGGGAGUCACCCCCGGGUAUAUCAAGCAGGAUAUUCUUCCCGACUUCUUCAAGGCAUUCUGGGUGCGCAGGAUGGCGCUUGACCGGAGGAACUAUCGUCAGGUCGUCGAGACCACGGUGGAGCUUGCGCAGAAGGCGGGCGUCGCAGAGAUUGUGGGGCGGAUAGUGAACGAUCUUAAGGACGAGGCGGAGCCGUACAGGAAGAUGGUGAUGGAGACGAUCACGAAGGUGGUCGCCAGCCUUGGCGCCUCCGACAUUGAUGAGCGCCUCGAAGUCCGACUUGUCGACGGCAUUAUCUACUCCUUCCAAGAGCAAACGACAGAAGAUCAAGUCAUGUUGGAUGGUUUCGGCACUGUCGUAAACGCUCUUGGCAUCCGAGUUAAGCCCUACCUCACCCAGAUCGUAUCCACCAUCCUCUGGCGCUUGAACAACAAGAGUGCCAAGGUUCGUCAACAAGCCGCUGAUCUCACUACACGCCUCGCCGUUGUCAUCAAGCAGUGCGGUGAGGAUCAGUUGUUGAGCAAACUGGGCCUUGUCCUAUUCGAACAACUUGGUGAGGAAUACCCAGACACGCUCGGCAGUAUCAUUGCCGCCGAGGGCGCUAUCGCCAAUGUAGUGGGUAUGACGGAGAUGAAUCCACCUGUCAAGGAUCUUCUGCCUCGCAUGACGCCUAUUCUUCGGAACAGACACGAGAAAGUGCAAGAGGCAUCGAUUAACUUGAUUGGUCGCAUUGCUGAUCGUGGUGCCGAGUUCGUUCCCGCUCGUGAAUGGAUGCGGAUAUGUUUCGAAUUAUUGGAUUUGCUCAAGGCUCACAAGAAGGCUAUCCGACGUGCUGCCGUGAACUCCUUCGGCUACAUUGCUAAGAGUUUGGGCCCUCAGGACGUUUUGCAAGUCCUGCUUACGAACUUGCGCGUGCAAGAACGCCAGAGUCGCGUGUGCAGUACUGUUGCCAUCGCCAUCGUUGCUGAGACUUGCGGUCCUUUCACAUGUAUACCCGCCAUACUCAACGAAUACCGGACAGCCGAGCUUAAUGUUCGCACUGGCUGUUUGAAGGCACUCUCCUUCGUCUUCGAAUACGUCGGCCCGCAGUCGGCGUACUACGUGGAUUCCGUGGUCACCAUGCUGGAGGAUGCGCUCACGGAUCGCGACCUCGUUCACCGACAGACUGCGAGCACUAUCGUCAAACACCUUGCGCUCGGUGUGGCUGGUCUGGGAUGUGAGGACUCCAUGAUGCAUCUCAUGAACCUCGUCUGGCCCAAUUGCUUCGAGACAUCUCCGCACGUGAUCGGUGCUGUCAUGGAGGCCAUCGAAGCCAUGCGAGUUACCCUUGGGCCCGGUGUCCUGCUCAGCUACGUCCUGCAAGGCUUGUUCCAUCCUGCCCGCAAGGUCCGCGAGGUAUACUGGCGCAUAUACAACUCAUUAUACCUCGGUGCCGCAGACGCGCUGGUACCUUUCUACCCUGACCUCUCGGAGUUGAGUGACGGUCAAAAUGUUUAUGACAGGCAUCCACUUCAGGUGUUCAUCUAA